AUGUGGACCAAGGGAGAACGUGCUAAACUUCCAUUUGGUAUACCUAUGAUUUGGCGUGAGCCCAAAGAUCAUUCAAGUGAUUGUUACUUUUGUAUAGUGAAAACAUCAGGAUAUAACAAGAAAAGCAAAUGUAAAAUAGAGUAUCCUAGUUUGCUGUCAGCUAUACGCCCAGUGCCGUAUUCCGGCGAAAACCCCUUGCCAGUUUUCAAUGAAUUUCCCUAUUUGGAAGAAGAGGAAUACGGAUAUGGUGCAGAUGAAAGCGACUCCAACGAUGAAGAUUUCGAAAUUGAAGAUGACUCCGUACGUAAGGGAUUCGAACAACAAGAGCUAAAUGAUUUGUGUAAGAGGCGAGCACAUCUGCGAAACUGCUUAGAGAAACUUAAAGAUAUAGUACCUUUGGGGCCUGAGGCAUCUAGGCAUACGACGUUAGGACUAUUAACAAAGGCAAAGAGGUUUAUAAAAAAUCUUGAAGAUAAAGAACGAAAGCACGCCUCAUAUAAAGAACAGUUAAGCAGGGAACAAAGGUUUCUUAAGAGGAGGUUAGACCAACUUUCUUUAGAUUUUGCCAUGUCGAAAAGACGUUCCGUAUCGGAAUGUUCCUCAUCUUCGACGAUAUCUAGUAGUUAUUCUACGACGUCGCUUUCUUCUGCUCCUUCACCUAUUUCGGAAUCAGAUGAAGUAGACGUCAUUGGUUACACUAGUACCCAGAGCGAUACAGACGACCAUUCCAGCGUCCAAUCUGCAUCAAGUGAUAGUGGCGUCAUCAUGUCCACUUGCCGUCUCACUUUGUCGGAAAUGGACGUUAUGUAGGCAGACAGACCGGUCCGAAAAAAUAAAACAAAAAAAGUAAAAACAAAAGAAGGGUGUGGGCACGCCCCAAGCCAGUAUAGUCCAUUGCGUAGACCAAAACAAUAACGAUUUUGGCGGAAUGUGGCUUAAACCAAUUUCGGGAUGUGUCCACCUAGUCAACGAACACAGUCUGUCUUCUCUAGUCCAGCCAUUGUGUGACUGACUGAUUUUUGGAUUGACACUUUUUGUAUGGAGAGUGUACAAGAAAUUGAAAUAAUAUUAAAGUUAGUUAUAUGGUCAAGACCAGCAUUACCUUUUAAUAAAUACAGAAAUAAUAUUAAAAUAUUUUAAAUAAACAUAAACCAGUUUAUUUCAGAUGAAUUAAUAUAUUGUAUUAAGAAAGAAAUUGAAACUGAAAUUCUUUUUAAAUAAAUUAUUUAGCCAAAUAUUUAAUUAUUCAAUUCAAUACAUAUUCAAUGUUAGCAUCAUCAGAUGCAACUGAAACACUGAAAAUAAGUGUUUAAGUACCAAAUAAAGUGACUUUUUAACUUAAAAUACAAUUUUGUAGUUUCUAUUUUUUAUUUGACUUUAACGUAUGAUAGUAAACUAAUACAUAACUUGUUAUUAACAAACUACUCAGUUUUUCAGUUUCUCUUUCUAGACUAUCUAAAGUAUGUGAUUGGACAUAAUAUUUAUUCUUAUAUGUCGGUUUUACCAUAAAGUUAGUGUCUUAAUAUUUAACAUUCAAGUCUACACAUUGUGUAAAAUCCAUUUCUUUACACAUCUAAUUACUGUAUUUGUCUCUAUAUUUUUAACGGUAUUGAGUCUAAAUAUGGUAUUCAUUCAAUCUACAAAAUAUUUUGUAAUCCGAAAAGUAUCGAAAACCUGAUCUAAUAAACCCAACCAAACCUAACAUAACCCAGCCAAAUCUAACCAAAACUGACCUAACUUAACCAAACAUAACCCAACUAAAACUAAAGUAUUCAAACCUUACUAAACCUCACCACAUGAUCUCGCUCGCUUCAAAGAGUUUAAUCUUGAACCUCAUCAUUUUCAUCGCUGAUCAAUAUUGAUUGUCGAGAUCUAGGUACCUAUAAGCUUCGCCAGAAAAGCUUUGGACCUUAGAACGGCAUUUGAUGGGUUUAAAUUAAGGUCGUUAUCCAUUUAUUGUACGCAAGAGAGGUAGCUCUACGGAGAAUUAAAACGAUCGAAAUUAUCUACCAGAACAACAAAAUAAAAGUAAAUGUAGAAGAAGAACUCACUGAUAAAAAUUAAAGCUGGCGAUGGAAUAAGACAGGGCAAUUACCUGGGUCCUGUAUUAUUCAAGCUGAUCAUGGAUGAAAUAAUAAAAAAGUAAGAACUAAAAAAUGAUACCAAAUGAGAGAAAAAUAACUUAAAAUAAUCUGCUAUACAGACGACGCAAUACUAAUCUUUCGAAGUGAAGAUGAUUUAAACGUAUGCUGGACCAAUUUAAUAUAACCGCCAGAAAAUUUAACCUGUUAACUUCCCCAAAAAAGACAAAAUGCAUGGUUAUUACAGCAAAUCUAUUAAGUUAUAAAUUAGAGCUAGAGGGUUAGAUAAUAGAACAAGUGAUGAAGUUUAUAUAUCUCAGCAUCACACUAUCUAGCUACGGAAAGCUCGAAACAGAAGUGGAAGAUCAAGUUAGUAGAACAAACAAAGCUGCAGGUUGUCUUAAUAAAACAAUAUGGAGAAAAAAAAUAUCGUAAAGAAAAAGAAAGGCAGAAUUUACAAACAAAUGAUGACAUACGCGGCAGACACACGACCUGACACAGAGAGGACAAAAAGAAUGCUAGAAACAGCAGAGAUGAAAACCCUUCGAAAAAUCGAUGGUAAGACACUAUGAGACCGAACUAUGAGACACUAUGAAGUACAGGUAUAUGACGGAGAUGGCAGGUGGAGAACAUUAAUAACCGAGUAAGAAAUAGAAGAGUAGAAUGGAACGAUAAGCCGAAUGACAAUAAAUAGAGUAGGCAAGACAGCGAGAGACGGUUCCCCAAUAAGAAGACGAUCAGUGGGAAGGCCACGAAAAUGAUGGAACGAGUUAUGUCUACACAAAAAGAAGAAGAAAAAGAAAAAGAAAAGUUUUUAGUGACGUUAUUGAGGGUGAUGGUGAUAUCAUCUUGGCCGUUGAUGAGUGCCCAAAUAAACAAAUCACUGACACACUAUAUUUUGUACUUGUUCUAUUUGCAUCACUCUGAUCUGUAUUGCUUGCAUCGUCUACAUAUACCUACUUUGUUUUAUUAAUGUUUACCAUCAGCCCUAUAUUCCUUGCUGUCACUUGUAGUGCUUUGUAUGCUUCAACAACAAAUAUUUAUAAAAAAAAUGUAUAAAUAUUUUCAAUUUCAUUGUAACACGAAAAUGCAGCAGCUACCUAAUACUCUGGUUAAAUCGGAGAGUGCAGGAAGAGUAUAUACCGGUUUCGGCGGUCUUUUCCCCCUCCUCAGUAGUCCCAUAUCCUCUUCUCUCCGAUUUCUCCAGGUAUCACACUUUGGGCCUUUCCGAAUUGCAAAAAAAGAAAUGUCACGGAUGAACUAGAGCCAUCUACCGAAAAACAAAGUAAGUUAUCAUUCGAUGUAGCACAGAAAACGACAAUAAAUAUCGUUCCCACACAAAUAUUUAUGUUCGGCCAAUAAUAUCUUCAUCAUCGACAUAUGCAAGGAUCUGAUUUUUGGACAGAUUUCCCCAUAAUACGUUCCCACAUACACGUUCUCAACACACUACCAUCUUUAUUGUUAACCAGAAUUCCACCAGAUUAUUUGGUAGUCCCAAGCAACCUCAAAAUUCACAAACAGAAUUAAGAAUUCUAUUGUUGUCUUGCGUUACUAGAAUUGGAGUUUCAGUAAUUCUAACGAGAAAUUUUUAUGUAAAGAUCAAUCAUACCAAUACUCUUCUAUACCAGAACUUGUCCAGUAUAGCAUGACACACAAAAAAUGAACUAAAGUUCGACGUGAAGACUUGAAUUAAAAUAAAAUAAGAUAUAAUUAAAGAAAUCUUUUUCCGGGACCGACAUAUCUCGAGAGAAUAAAUUAAAGUCACUCAAUGAGUCUCUUCUAUAAAUUGGCUUUUAAUUUUGUUUCAAUAUUCGGUACACUCUCUGAAUACGAAUCACAUAAUGUCUGUGCUAUUAAAAUUAUCAUUGUAUUCACCUUUAUAAAUUAUUAUUUAUAUGUAUAUUGUACAUAUUUUCGAUCUAAAUGAAAUGAUUAUGAUAGUAGCCGAUAUUCCGACAUCAUUCUAAAUAAAACUUCUAACCAAGCUGUCAAAAUGUAAUACUAUUAGACUAUUACGUCUACAUAUGUUUAUUUUAAAAUUAGUAUAUCAAAUAUAGAGACAGUGAAUUUUAAGAAAUACGGUUUGGUGGGAAACUUAUGUAAUAGUUGAAUAAUUUUGUUAAAUUAUGCUCACAAGAUUUCUUUUUACAUAAUCUGCCAUAAUGCUGCAAGCAUAUAGUGUACUAUCGAAUUAUUAUUGCAAAUACCAGAGACAUAUCUGUGUACUUUGUGGGAUAUUUUGUUUUUAAUCUCAUUGGAUUCUGCAAUUUGUUUAACAAUAAUUUAUUACAUCCAGUGAGUUCUUCAGUUAAAUGCUUUAUUAUUGCUUGCAAAUUCAUUAAUAUAUUUUUGCUCCUAAAUUCUUCCCAAUUUUUGCUGAUUUGUUAACAUUUUUUAUAAGUUCAUAUAAUUACAUAGGUAUGCAUAAAAGAUACCAGUGAACCAGCACACGCUUCAGAUUCUUGUCUCUAAAUAUACCAAAAAUGCUUUUUAAAGUUUUUAAGAGAGAUUGAAACGAAAAAAGCCUUUUCAUAAACAAAAUUACUUCUAAUCAAAUGCAUAAUUUUUCAUCAUCUAUAUAUGGUAGACACUAGUCCGUAAACUUGUUAAAAUUUUGGUUACAAUGAAUUCAUUUAGAAUGAGAUAUUGACGGUAUAUCUUUUAUUUGUAUUAAAUUGAGGCGACUGACUGCGCCAUAGGGCCGCGACGCAUAUAUUUUCCCUCAUAUUUUUUCUACUGGAAUGUCCCCCUUAAUUUUAUUUUAAUAAUAAAUUUAAUAUCGAAGGUGAAAAUAAGCUGUACACAAGUGUUUUAAAUUGCUUCAUAACUUUUGAGAAACGUCAUACAUGGUUAUCAAAAUGAAAUUACACCAGGUAAAAGUUUUUUCAUUCACAGAAACUAUUUUACUAAAGAUCUAUGGCAUAUGAACCUGGUGAUACCUGGUCUCCUUUACCUAAAUGUAAGAUAUUAGUUAUUUUAUGGAUUAAAUCGUAAAAAUAUUAAAAUGCCUCCUUUCGCCUUCUUUAAAUCCAGAAACAUUAUAUGUUCACUAUAUUUCAAAUAGCCUUGGUGAUAAAGAGAGGUCUCUUGUAUAUUUUAUGUGAUUGAGGAAUAUAUUUAUGUUUCCUAAUUUCGCGAGGGAUUCAUUGUUUUCUCUCACACUUCGGAUCAGUUUGACCAGGUUCUUUGAGAUACUUAUGUUAAUCAUAAUUGGUAAUACAUAGUAGAUGCCAUUUAAAGAUGGAGUUACUACAAAUAAAAUGGUAUCUUUGGAUGGUGAACUGAUUGUAAAAAGCAAUAGUUUUAAGUACCUGAGAUCGGUAUUACAGAGUAAUGGAGAAAUAGAUGGAGAUGCAUGCAGUAGAAUUAGGGCUGGAUGGAUGAAGUGGAAAGAAGCGAGUGGUGUGUUGUGUGACAGAAAAAUUCCAAUGAAGCUGAAGGGAAAAUUCUAUAAAACAGCCAUAAGACCGGCUAUGAUGUACGGAACUGAAUGUUGGGCAGUGAAAAAGAAAGAGGAGCAACGAAUUCAUGUGGCGGAAAUGAGAAUGCUUAGAUGGAUGAGUGGAGUGACAAAGAAGGGUAAAAUUAGAAAUGAGUAUAUUAGGGGAAGUCUAGGUGUGGCACCAAUUGAUGCCAAAAUGAGAGAGCAUAGGUUAAGAUGGUUUGGUCAUGUUCAACGUCGAGACGUUAAUCACCCAAUAAGAAGAAUAGCUGAAGUGAAGAUUCCUGGAAGGAGUAUUAGAGGAAGACCAAAGAAGACCUGGGGGGAAACGAUAAAGCAGGACAUGUUGUUAAAGGGGAUUAACAUUAAUAUGACCCAAGAUAGAAAUGUGUGGAGAAAUGCAAUUAGGAUUGCAUUUCUCCACAUUUGCCUUAUCCCUAUGACCCCGCAUAGGGAUAAGGCAAAGAGAGUGAUGAUGAGUAGAUGCCAUUGGAUGUAUAGAACUCUUUUUCUAGUCGAAUCUAUUAAAUACAUAUACAUGUAUUUUAGACUUAGAAUUGGCUCUUGUGAUCGCCUUCCCUUUACAAACCAUGCAAGUUCGGGAACUGUUUCUCAAUCUUUGUUAUUUAAGUUUGAUAUCCUCCGUGUUUGUUGUCUUAUUAGCAUUUUUGGUGAAUUAAAUAUCGCCAAAACUUUUCAAACAUUUCGUGCUGCAAAAUAUAAACUUAUGAAAAAGUUUGAUAUAUGUAGAUAAGUUGAAGGACCCUGAGACUCAUAUAUUAUUUCAACUAAGCAUAGAGCAAAUGCCGACUGUAAGAGCUGGUAUCUGAUCAAGCAGAAAUAUCGAAGUGCGAAGAUCUAAGUAAAUGUAUAAAAAAAAGUAGCGGAGGAUAUCAGACAAAGUAGAAGCAUAAUCUGACAAAAAUAGGUAAUAUGUGGAAUUAGAAAAAUACGAAGUAAAUGUCGAUCUCGUUCGUCGCUCAGUAAGUGAAAAGAAAUAGUGCAAAUAUGGACACAGUAUAUUAGACACUUUAAUGGGUAUUAAAGACCUCUUUAAUGGAUAUAAAAGUAAUGAUGCCUAAGGAAAUAAUAGGGAAGGCAUAGAUGGGAGGAUAAAGCAACCGAUGCUGAUACAGAAAACAUUUAAUCAUCUACUUAAGACGAUACGUCAGGCAAGCAUAAGUAUGAAAAAUUAAGAUCGGCAGAUUAUCGGUAGAAUAAGAUGUGAUUUCAGUUGACAUGUAGAAGGCGAGAGGUAAUAGUUUCGCAGUGUGCCCUACACACGAAAAACGAUGUACUGAGUUGUUCUUGUUAUAUAGGGAUUUCAGUAAUAGAUGUCAGAUGUAACAUUUUUAAAUUACUUAGGUGUAAUAUCGACGUGCAUUAAUUAUACGAAUAUAUAAACUUCAGAAAGAUACACAGUUAAAAUAGUGUUUUCAAGAACAAAUGAGGUUGAUUAGUAUUGUGAUAGUAGGUGGAAGGGUGUUGAAACCAUCCUGGAUUAAGAUUAGAGUGAGAUAGAAAAAUUCCUUUCUUUAAAAAUUAAAGAAUUUGACUAUCUGACUGAAUUCACCUUCGGAUGACCAAGCGGGGGAAAUUGUGACCCCAGCGUAUGUUUUCCUUUAAUAAAUUCAAAAGUAUUUUCAAUUUUUAACUCAUUAUUUUUUAUUUGACUUUAAUAUCAUUCUAGAUAUCCUCAUAUUUUGAAAUAAAAAAAAUUCACUAUAUUUUACGAAUAAAAAAUAUAUUCUGAAAUUGAUGUUUAGUAAAAUACCGUCUAUUAUGUGUAAUUUCAAGUAGUUUUACGCUAAUGACGUCGACUUUGAAAAGUAACAAGACACUUACUCAACAUACACACUACACAUGACACUAAUACUCAUGUUGUUAUUACUGGCUGAAUGACAUAAAGUCCAUGCCAUAAAAAUAAAAAAAUAAAAAAAACUUAAUUUUUUGUUAAUUGCCAUUUUUGACAUUUUUGACCUGGGGUCAUUUUUCCCCCGUUGGUCAUCCGUGUAACAAAAAAAGGUUGGUCAUCGGAAGGUUAAAGAAUAUCACUUUUUAAUACUGAAAAAAUGACGAAAUACCUUCGUGGUAAUGUAGAUGGCAUAGUCUUCAAGAGAUUAGUUCAAUGGUAUACAUAGAUAUACUGAUAGUCGAUGCAGAAACGACUAUGAUACAUGUAUAUUGUUAAAAUUUUAUUUAUAUGCAUUUUCAUCAGUAUUGUUUUUAUUACUUUUGUCCAUAAAUUAAGCAAUGUCUGUCUCUUGUUUUUGUUAUUGUAGAUCGAAGAUAUUAUUUGCUUAUAUAGGAAUGUUAAUUUCUAUUAGCUUUUUAUUUCUGUAUCCACUAUCUGACCAGCGCCCGAACCAUCAUCCGCUAGAUUAUUCAUAGAGAAGAUCAUGCACUUUCACGUCUAGCCCGCUUGAUUAUCUGACCGACUAUUUCUAUAUUCUACGGGUAUAACUGUAUAAUUCCCCAAGAAAGGAGAAGCUAAGGAAGGAGGUGCAUUUUUCCUAGUUGAACAACUUGAGAUCAUAUUUUAAAUGUAAUAUUGUUGACUUUUUUAGAGCGGAUAUAUUUAAAAAACUACGUCUGUAAAUUGUAAAAAUUAUAUACUUUACCCUAGCUACUCUAUCAAAGUGACUUUUAAUAUAGUGAUAUUAUUAUAUUAAUACCAAUAAUUUAUCGUGAUAAUACCACUGAUAUUCCCAACAAUUUUUGAUUCCUUGACAUUUCGUAAUCCGACCGUUCGUAACCCCACAAUUCGUAACGGAUAAUCCGUAACGCCGCCAAUUCGUAACGGCGAUACUUAACUGUAAUUAUUCCUAACAGUAUAAUUCGUAACGCCAAAAUUUAGUUUUUUUUAUCAAGUUUAGCGUUACUCAAAGUAUACAAUGAAUGAUUUUUGCCUACUAUCCUACACUAAAACUGGUAGUACUUUUUUAAGACCACUUCAGAGUCUAAGACUAAGACCAACAGAAUAAUUCAAUUUUGACUUUACUAAAUAUACCGUUACGAAUAGUUAAAGUUACGAACUGUCCUUGAUACGAAGUGUCGGUGUUACGAAUUGUGGCGUUACGAAUGGUCCGUCACCAUUUGUGUGGUUACGAACUGUGCGAUGUCUUGCACGACAAUUUAAUAUGAGCCAGACUUUAUUUUUUAGGAAUAUGAAAAAUAUAAUUGCGGGGGACAAUUCGAUCAUCUAAUGAUUUACUUACUUUUGUACAUCAUGGUUUAUGACUUACUACAACCAGUAUACUUUCUGUUUUUGCUAAUAAUAAAUUUAGCAAUGGUUACUUUGCUAAAGAAACAAGACAGAUACUGGCUGUAUAACUAAAUUAUGAUAAGAAUUCACAUCAUCGCCAGUGGAAAAGGGUAAAGUGAUUUUUAGACCAGUCUUCAGCUGUAAAAAACUGUAAAACCGUGGAAUUUUAAUUUUAAUUAAAAUUUGGAUUUAAGCUCGGUUGACCCUCUUCUUCAAAAUCUACCCUAUGCUGAACCGGGUGAAAACAACCGCAUCUAGGGGAUGGUUCAAUGAAGAUAACUAUGGAUGUCGAUAGAUUGACCAAUUCUGAGUCAAUUUUGCUCUAUAAUUUUUUUUUGCAAAGUUAAUACUUUCCAAGUUAUUAGCGAUUGACUACGCGUUUUUCAUUCAAAAGACUCACGUUUUAUAACCGUUUUUCGUGAAUAUCUUAACUGAAAUUUUAAUUUUAUAGAAAAAAUCAUUAAGAACAAAAUUGUAGAUCAUAAAAAAAUAAAGAGAUUCGCGUCGAAAAGACCUAUGUAAUCUUAAUAACGGCUGAGUUAUUGCUCUUUAAAGUAUGGCUAUUUUCGAAGAACCUCGAAAUGGAGAACCUUCAAUCUCAAAUAACUUGAAUAUGGUACAAUUUUUUGAGAAAACUUAACGUAUUUUAAAAGCUCAUUAACCUUCCGCAACUAACAUAGGUAUUCUGAACAUUAAAGCUCACAUCGGUGUCAGAGACCAACAUAAAAAAAUGUCUCCAUUGACACACUUUUUAAGUGUAGGGUUGUGUUAUCUCCUUGAAGGAGUGAAAUUAAACAAGAAUGAUACCUAUUUUUAAUUUAUUAAGCCUCUGAAACGUUAGCAAAAUACCAAAGAAAAUAAAAAUAAUUAUAUAACAUCUCAUUUGUGAAAAACAAGCUCAAUUUUUCCACUGCUGUUUUUUGUACCUAGCUUCACCUUUUACUGCUGGCAAUUGGGUUACUAAAUUAUCAGCACUUGCUCUCACGUUCUUUCGUUAAUAUAAAAAUUUUUUUCAUCGGGUAUGUCACGUCCAACAUCGGUCUCUGAGACAAAAUUUGCCGAUAAUUGCAUAUUCACUUGACACUGAAAACUCAAACUUCAACACUAAAAACAGGCACCUGAAUCAGGCAGCUACUGAUGGUGGCGAAGAUACAUAAAAUAUCGAACAAUUUGGAUAUAAUCGUAAAAACUCGAAGUGGUCCGUCUCAAAGACCGAAUGUUAGUCACGGAAGGUUCAAAAACCUUUCAAAUAAGCUCUGAUAAAAAAUUUUGCAUAAGAACUAACUGACUUAUGACGAAGAUAAAGUCGCUCCCUGCUUUUUUUGAAACGUAACAAUUAAACCCUCCUCCUUACAAUAAUAAUAGAAAUUAAUAGCUUGCUUCUCACGUGAAAUUAACUUUAUUUAGGUAUAAUUGAUACGAUCCACGUGAUUUAACCGGUUUUGCAUGCUUAGUUUAGAAAAAGUAGUUGAUUAAAUCGAAAAUGACAUUUUUAUAAUUAAAAAAAAUUGCAUUUUUCUUAAAUAAACCUAAAAGUAUUCAUGAUACAAAAAAAAAUCAAAAGUACCCCGCACAAACCUUAUGGAAAUUAGGUCCCAGUGGAUUUAGUUCAUACUUUGGAAAAAUACUCUUUGCAGCAUCCCGACGAAAAGGUCUCAUAUUUUCAGGAUAUAAAGGCACAAUCUCGGAAAAUUAUAAGAUUUACCGGGUAUUCCAAUUCCCGGAGCUACUGAUAAUCUACUAGCAACAUGUAGGGGUUAGGAUCAAAUUAAGGUACUAAUAGUCAAGGACUUUUUCCUGGUUAUCCAAUGACGAUAUUUACUUUGAACUUGACCUUCAAGGUCAUUACAAGGUCACGCGUUCGCAUUCGAGCGGGAACCCAUGUUUUUAACUGCAACAAUGAAUAGAAUGGACAUGUCUACGUUUGAAUAUGACCUUGAAAAUCAUGUUCAAGGUUAUUGGGUUAUAGAUUCCAAAGUAUGUAAUGUAAUAAAAGUUUGAGAUUUUUCCACGGCUUAACGAUACUGACCUUGAAUUUGACCUUGAUCAGGACAUCCUUGAUUGUAUCAAGAUCAUGAAUUUUUAUUAAAAAGAUGCCAUAUUUUUGACUCUGAAGAAGAAAAUAUAAAUAGCCUUCGUGCGAAUAGUACCUACCUUAAAAAUAAAGGCAAAUAUUCCUUCCAAUCUAGCGAUUAUCAAUUAUGUCAGUUUCGUAAAUCAACGUUGAUUUCUUCUUCUUCUUCUUCUUCAGCCUGUUUGCAUCCACUCUUGGACAAAGUCCUCCCCAUGAGCUCUCCACUCGUUUCUGUUUUGUUACAUUUUUUGCCAGUUUCUCCCCACUUUGGUUUUCAUGUCGUCUAGCCAUCGUUUUUGUGUCUUCUUCUACUACGACUAUGUUCGCGUGGUCUCCAAUGUACAAUGUCUCUCGUCCACCUGUCGUUGUUUUGCCGUGAGACGUGCUCUACCUAGUUCCAUUUCAUUUGCGCAAUUCGUUCAAUUAAAUCUUCCACCUUCGUCCUGCUUCGCACUUCCUCGUUCGUAUUAUCUUCUUUCAGAGAUACUCCCAACAUAGCUCGUUCGAUGGCCGUCGAUGGUUGAUUUACCCAGUAUCAAACAUUAACGUUCUUUUUCUUUUAGAUAACGUAUUGUUUCCUAACUGUGGUUUAUUUGAAUUGAAUUUUUAGAUUUGAAUCAAUUGGAUGCUAUGUACCUAUAAAUAUUAAUUAAACUUAUGUUCCUACCACAAUUAUUUCAGUAUCUUUUUAUUUUUCAGUUACUGUAUUAUUAUUUAAUAUAUGAACCGUACUAGUAUUCUGGAGUAAGAAAUGUAUACAUAAAUGUAAACAUUAUUUUUUCAUAUUUUAAUAUGAAAUAUUUUAAUAUUUUAAUAAAAAUAUUAACCCAUUCAAAUAAAAAUAUUUGACCAUGAUUUUCAAGGUCAUAUGCAAACGUAGAUAUAUCCAUUCUAUUCAUUGUUGCAGUUCCCGCUCGAAUAAGAACGGGUUCCCGCUCGAAUAAGAACGCGUGACCUUGUCAUAACCUGUGAAGGUCAAGCUCAAACUAAAGGUCGCCAUUGGAUAGCCAGGAAAAAUUCCUAGACUACUAGCACUUUUCUUUGAUCCUAAGUUUCUACAUGUUGCCAGAUAACCAGUAACUCCGGGAAUUGGAAUCCCCGGUAAAUCUUAUAAUUUUCCGAGUUUGUGCCUCUAUAUCUUGAAAAUCCUUCAUCAGAUCGAGAUCUGCCCAUGAGAACUUUUCAUCAUGAUACUUCAAAUAGUAAUUUUCCAAAGUAUGAACUAAAUUCACUGGGACCUAAUUUCCAUAAGGUUUGUGCGGGGUACUUUCAGUAAAAAAAUCCUUCAAUUAAUAUUUUGAACAUUUUUUUAUUUCAAUACUUUUUAGGUUUAUUUAAUAAAAAUGCACUUUUUUUAAUUAUAAAAUGUCAUCCGAUUUAAUUAACUAUUUUUGCUAAAUCAAGCAUUCCAAACCGGUCAAAUCACAUGGAUCGUAUCAAUUAUGCCUAAAUAAAAGUGGGAAGCUAUUCAUUUCUAUUAGGAUUGUAAUGAUGAGAGUGUUUAUUUGUUACAUUUCAAAAAAAAUCAGGGAGCGACUUUAUUUUCGUCAUAAGUUAGUUAGUUCUUAUGCAAAAAACUUUUAUCAAAGCUCGUUUGAAAGGUUUUUAAUGAAAUUUAAAAGAUGUCUCUUAAGUUUUCCCAAAAAAAUGUACCACAUUCGAGUUAUUUGAGAUUAAAGGUUCUCCAUUUCGAGGUUCUUCUAAAGUAACCAACCAUCUUUUAAGGAGUAAUAACUCAGAUUAUAAGGUUUACAUAGGUCUUUUCGACGAGAAUCUCUUUGUUUUUUUAUUAGCUACAAUUUUGUUCUUAUUGAUAUUUUCUUUAAAAUUAAAUUUUUUUAGUUAUUCAUGAAAAACCGUUAUAACACGUGAGUUUUUUUAAUGGAAAAUGCAUAGUCUCUAUCGCUAAUAACUUGGAAAAUAUUAACUGUGCAAAAAAGAUUUAUAGAACAAAAUUUACUCAGAAUUGGUCAAUCUAUCGACUUCCAUAAUUAUUUUGAUUGAAAAAAUUGUCAUCCCCUAGAUGGGGUUGUUUUCGUCCCUAGGGCAAAGGUGUAGAUUUAGGUAGGGUAGAUUUUGACAAAGGUUAUUAAUACAGUCGAACCCGCUUAUUGGAAUAGCCGUCGUGCCAAGAAAAAGUAUUCCUAUAACUGGGAUAUUCUAAUAACCGAUCAUAUAAGCCUAGUAAAAAGGAUUUGGACCUCAAAUUUCUAUUCCUUAAACCAAGAUAUUCCUUUAACCGGUAUUCUAAUAAGCGGGUUUGACUGUACUACCUAAAUCCAAAUUUUCAAGGACAUCGACUUUGAUUCUCAAAAUUCCACGAGAAAAUGGCUGUUGAUUGGACUAUUUGUAGAAUAAUUAUUAAACUCUUCGUAUUACCUUCAAUAUUAUUAUCACUGUACCUGCAUAUUUUUAAAGAUUUAUUUUUAUAAUUAUUUCUUUAAAUAAAUUUAUUUCUUUGUUCUCUAAA